AUGGUCCUCGAUAUUGCAAAAUUCCACAGAACUUGUCCCAUCCUGCCCGCCCACAAGCGCUGGUUCGUUCUCCAAGGCCCUUUGGGCUUCUAUAUCGACCACUGCUGCCCAUUCGGUUGCGCCUCUUCCAGCAGCAACGCAGGCCUUAUUGGCUCCGCCAUCAUCGACAUCUGGGAAGCCCUUGGAUUUGCCCCCGCCAACCGUUAUGAAGAUGAUAUCAUGGCCCCCCUUCGCACUUCUGGUACUCCGCCUCCCGCCCCCGAAGCCCUCCUUGCCAUCCAACCGCUGUGCAUCCCUUGGCAUCCUACCAAGUGGACUGAAUACCUCUUCGAAUUGGUUUACAUUGGCUUCCUCUGGAACUUCCCAAACAAAACGGUGGCUCUGCCCGAGGACAAGCGCCUAAAAUUUCUCAAGCGCAUACAUGAUUUCCGAUCCAUCUGCAAAUCUGGCAGAUGCCAACUCCUCCACGCUCAGAAGAUCCAUGGCUCCCUCUGCCACAUCUCCUUUGUCCACCCCCAAGGUCGCUCCUAUUUGCCUGCCCUCACCUCCUUCAUUAUUGCGUUUGAGGGCAACACUUUCAAACCCGGCGGCCCCCGCCGUCAGUUUACUCCUCCCUGGCUUGGCCCUCGCCAAGACCGCCUCCUCUUCGUGGACGCCUCUACAGCUUGGGGGAUUGGUCUCUGGUUAGACGGCUGCUGGGGAGCCUGGAAGGGGACGGGCAACUGGAAGUCGCGCCAGCGUCACAUCGGCUGGCUCGAGACUGUGGCCAUCGAGCUGCUUGUCCUCACGCUGGAGAGCCUAGACUUUGAAAAUGCCUAUCUCCUUGUCCACUCUGACAACCAGGGCGUCAUCGGCGCCUUCGACAAGGGCCGCAGCCGCAACCCCGACAUUAACCUUUCUUUACGCCGUAUUUUCGUGGCCCUGGCCGCCCGUAACAUAGCCCUAGACUUAGUUUACAUCCCCUCAGCCAACAACCCUGCUGACCCUCUUUCGAGGGGCAUCCUUCCCAAAGCUGCCUCCCGUAUCUCACCUUUGCCUUGCCUCCCGUCGGACCUAGCUACCUUUUUCGUACCCUCAGAUUUAUCGCACCACCUGCCUCCUCCCGUCCCCAUGCCCCGGCAGCACGCGCCGCAGUCUCGGACUCUCCGGGCUCCAGUUCCCCCCGCCGCUCGCCACUAG